UGAAGGAGGGGCAACUUACAGAAUGUACCUGAAAUGUAGAGGUUUUGUUUAGCGACAGACAGUCAGUCACACCUGGGUGACAGGAGCAGAUAGAACCAUAGAACCAUAUAUGAGACUGAGAGAACACCACAGACAAGGAAGGAACCCUGUGAAGCACAGAGAGAACCUCAGAACCAUAUAUGAGACUGACAGAACCUCAGGGCAGAACUGGAUAGAAUCGUGUGGCUGAACAGAAUAUUAACUCAGAAAGUGGGAACCGUAGGAGGGAACGUUCACAAAGACAAAAGGAACCGUAAGAGGCUGGAUCAUGUCUUUCAGUGGCUGGCUGUGGUUUGGUACGGUGGUCUGCACCCUGCUAAAGGGAUCCUGGGGGCAACUAAAUGUGUGUGGUAGACCUCCACUCAACACCAGGAUAGUUGGGGGUCAGGAUGCUCCUGCAGGAAAUUGGCCCUGGCAGGCCAGUCUUCAGCAGUCAGGCAGACAUUUCUGUGGAGGCUCCCUCAUCAACAAUGAAUGGGUCUUAACGGCAGCUCAUUGCUUUAGCAGUUUCAGAAUCCCCAGUGGCCUGACUGUUGUGUUGGGUCUUGAGAACCUGAAAGGCAGCAACGCCAACAGCGUAAGCCGCCGUUUAAGCCAGAUCAUCAGCCAUCCCAGUUACGACAGAGACACCAAUAACGACAUCGCUCUGCUUCGUCUCAGUACCCCAGUCAACUUCACCGACUACGUCAGUCCUGUUUGUCUGGCUGCCAGUGGGAGUGAAUUCAGCACCGGCACCAACAGCUGGGUCACUGGCUGGGGUUACGUCGGUGACGGAGAAUCCCUUCCAUUUCCUGGGACUCUACAGGAAGUUGAGGUUCCUGUGCUGGGGAACAGGCAGUGUGGCUGUAUCUAUAGAAUCUUAAAUGCCGAUAUCACAUACAACAUGAUCUGUGCUGGUCUACGAAGGAAAGGCCCCUGUAAUGGAGACUCUGGCGGACCGAUGGUGAGCAAACAGGUCUCUGUGUGGAUCCAGUCCGGUGUUGUUAGCUUUGGAUUCCAAUCAUGUGAUGAACCUGCAGUCUUCACCAGGGUGUCCCGUUACGAGAGCUGGAUCAACUCCCAGAUCAGCACUAAUCAACCAGGCUUUGUCCAGUUCACCUCCAGUGGGGCAGAUGCUGACAACAGCUUCUGUUUUACCACAACUACCACGGCAACCACUACAACUCAACCCACUCGGCCAGCCCCGACUGUUGUGCUGCAGGUUGUCCUCACCAUCGUUUACACUGAGGCGCUAAGCAACCCACAGAGCCAAGAAUUCCAACAGCAGGCUGCUCAGGUCGUUGCUGUGUGUGACGCCGUCUACCGGACCCAGUAUGGAACACUGUUUGUGAGGACCAUUGUGGUGGCCUUCUGGCAGAGUUCUCGUAACCGCAUGGAGAUGGGCAUUGAGCUGGUCUUCAACGAGUACUCUAUUGAGUCGGUACCAGAUAGAAUGGACAUUGUGAAUACCCUGAAGGAGGCUGUGAGUGACCCCGCCUCCAAUUACACACUGCCUGUCGACGUGGACUCCAUUAGGGUCAUCAGUGCUCCAAGGACCGCAUCCAAUUUCCAGUUUGCCACCAGUGAGACAUUCAACACGGCCUUGUCUAACUCCAGCUCCAACGCGUUUAAGGACCGAGCUUCACUCAUCAAACGACAGCUGGAGCCCUUCUUCAUUGAAGACUUCACCCCACUCUUCAUCAGCCUCAAUGUCAAAUCCUUCAGGCAAGGCUCAAUCGUCCAUGAGACAGAUCUGACCUUCACAGCCAAUGGGAUCCUUCCCAGCAGUACGGCCAUCUACAACACAUUGCUCCGUGCAGCCCAGAGUGGAGAACUCAGUUUCACCAUCACUGCUCUGCUCCCAGGUGUAGUCAGCAGUGUGGCCAGCGUCUUCAGCUCCUGGAGCCUGGUGGUCAUCUCUCUACUGGUGCAGCUGCAGUGGUUAGCUCAAUGACCUGUCAAUCAUCAAAGUGUCCAAUCUGCUAUGACCCCCUGCGCCCUCCUCAGGCUAUUAGAUUUGCUCUUGCACUCUCAAAUCUCUCUAUCUCUCUCUUAUAUCUCUCUACCUUCUCUUGUAUCUCUCUCUCUUGUCUUAUACUUUUCUAUCUCUCGUUAGAUGUUUUCUUUUUCGGUAAUGAUCGGUAAUGCUUUUAUUCAAUAAAUUACUAUUUGGGCUGAA